UUUUAUAUCAGGGUUCAGCAAACCUUUCUGUAAAGGACCAGAUAGUAAAUAUUUUAGGUUUUGUAGACCAUGUGGUUCCUAUCACAACUAUUCAGCCUUGCUAUUGUAGCAUGAAAGUGCCAUAUACAUUGUAUAAACAAAUGAGCAUCAUUGUGUUCUAAUAAAACUUUAUUUACAAAAGCAGGUGGUAGGCCAGAUUGGGUCCAUAGGCUAUAGUUUGCCAACUCCCACUUUAGAUUAUUUAUGAUGAGAGAACCUCCACUUCUAGUCAUGAGGGACACCAAAAUUUAUCAUCUCACUUUAAACAACUAGAAUACUGAGUAAAAUAUAUGAAAAACAGUUUUUAGACAUUGGAUAACAGGUAGCAUAAGAUAAUGAUCCUUGAGAGAAAGGAAAGAAAUACAAUCAACCCUACCAUUGCUCCAGCUUAACGCUGGGUAGAAAAUUGAUAGGCUGCAGCACAAAGAGGAGGAAACUCCAACAGACCAGUAUUCUCACGGAGUUGAUAUGUCAUAGUUUGGAGUUCAGGGAGACAGCAAAAUAUUGGAGAAGAUACUGCUGCACAGAGGGAAAUUGGGGGAGAAUGAAUGAGAGCUACAGAGAUCUGUAAAAAUGUCUUCAGGAGUCUUUAGCUAAUGUGUGGUUUGUGCAUGUAUGUAAAAGAGUUACCCAAGAUGAGGAAAAAAACACCCAGAAAGGAGCAGGCAGCAAAGGCUGUCCCCAGUGCUAACACAGGGCUAGGAAUAUUUCAUGUUUCCAGCAGCCAGAGGGCAAACAUCUCCAAAUUCAGAGAGCAUUAAGUAGAGUCCUCAAAAGACUGUAUUCUUGGUUACAAAGACAUUGCCCUAGAUUAUAAAGUAUGCUUCACUCAUGCUAACAAAGAAAGUAUCAGAGGAAUCAAAUUCCAAGUAACUCAACUAUACCCUAAAACAAAGUUCAACUAUAUGUAAAGGACUUAACAAAUUCAGCUCCCAUUAAAGUAAAAUUUACAAUGCUCAGAAUCCACUCAAAAGUGACCAAACAUGCAAAAGACAUAGGAAAAUAGGACCCACGAAGAGUAGAAAUAUAACUGACAACAGCAGACCCAGAAAUGACACAAAUGAUAGAAUUAUCAGAAAAGGAGAUAAAACGCCUACUAUAAAUAUACCCCAUAUGCUCAAGAAUGUAGAGGAAAAGAUGAAUGUGAUGAGGAAAGAAAUGUAGAUAUGAAAAAGAAACAAAUUUGACUUCUACAAAUGAAAGUAUAAUAUCUGAAGUGAUAAAUAUACUGGAUGGGAUUAACUAUAGAUAAGAUACUUCUAAAGGAAAUACUAAUAAGCUUGAAGGCAGACACAGAAACUAUUUAAAAUAAGACAGAGGAAAAGACUAAAAAGUAAAUGAGCAAAGCUUCAGGGAACUGUGUGAUAAUAUUAAACAGUCAAACACAUCUAGAGAUGUAGUCCCAGAAGAGAUUAGGAGGGAGGGAAUGAAAAAAAAAUGUUAAAAGAAAUAAAGUCUUAAACUUUUUCAAAUUUGAUGAAAAUGAUAAAAUCAUGGAUUCACAAAGCUCAAAAAAAUCCUUGUAAAAGAGACAAGAAUAAAAUCACACCAAAGCACAUUAUUAUCAAAUUGCCAGAAAAUAGUGAUAGUAAAUCUUAAAAGCUGCCAAAGAAAAAGAAGAAACAUUAUGCACACAGGAAUAAAAUUAAGAAUGACCACAGUUUUCUCUUCAGAAAUUAUGCAAACCAGAAUAGAGUAGAGCAACAUGUUUACAGUAAAGAAAAAAUCAACUUAGAAUUCUAUACACAGCAAAUAUAUAUUUCAAAAAGAAGACACGAUACUUUUUGAGACAGACAAAAGCCAAGAGAGUUUAUUUCCAGGGGAUGUGUGAUAUAAGAAGUAUUAAUGAAAGUAGUGUAAAGAAUGAGAGAGAGGAAAUAGAAGUAUACUGUUAUAAUAUCCCUACACUGUACUUUCAGUGGGUUGUAAUAUUAUUUGAAGGUAAACUGUAAUAUGUUAAAUAAAGAUGUAUAUUUUUAAUCCUAGAGAAACUUGUGUGAAAACAAAAAGGAAAACAAAGUGGUAUUACCAACAAGCCAAUAAUGGAGAUAAAAUGGGCAGUAGAAAACAACAAAAAAUUCAAUACAGAAGAAGGAAGGAAAAGCUUAAAAGUGAAAAAAGAACAUAUGGACAGUUAGAAAACAAAUAAUAAAGUGGUAGAUAUAAACCGAGCCAUACUGACAAUUACAUUAAGUUUAAUGACCUAAACACUCUAAUAAAGCAAAGAUUGUCAGACAGAAUAAAAUACAAGGUCCAACUAUAUGCUCUGUAAAAGAAACUCACUUUAAAUAUAACAUGAAUAAGUUAAAAAAAUUAAAAGAUGCAAAAAAGAUAUGCCAACACUAAUUGAAAAAACAUAAAUGGUUACCAGAGAAAGUUGAUUUAGGAGUAAGGAAUAAUGCAAAGGAUACAGAGGGACAUUUUAAAAUCAAGGGGUCAAUACAUCAAGAGGACAUAGUAAUCCUAAAUAUGGUGCACCUAAUACUAAAGUUCUAAAAGAAAUAAGGGAAAAACUGAUAGAACUUAAAUGGGAGAUAGGCAAAUCUAAAACUAUACUAGGGAUUUCGAUUCUCUCUUGAUAGUUGAUAGAACAAAUAGACUGUCAGAAAGGAUAUAGAAAAUUUCAAACACUUUCAACCAGCUUAACCUAAUUGACAUUUAUAAAACAGUCCAACCAACAAAAGUAGAACAUUAUUAUUUCAAGUUCACAAGGAACUGUCAUCAAGAUAAACCAUAUUCUGAGCCAUAAAAUAAAUCUCAAUAAGUUUAAACUACAUUCUUUGACCACAACGAUUCAAAUACGAAAUCAGUAACAGAAAGGCAUCUGGAAAAUCCCUGAUCAUUUGUAAAUUAAACAACAUUUAGAUCAUUUUUGUCAAUUGAAUGAAAAUGAUGAGAAAGCCUUAAUUAUAGAUCAGAGCUUGUUAUUAGACAGAGCCACGCCUGAUAUCCUUAAUUUAUUUUUAUAUUGUUUUCCUGAAGCUCAGCAUAAAAUAUUUAAAGAUUUUUCGAGACUAGUCAAAAUUCUACUGUCCAGAUAAAGCAUAAUGUUAUGAAACAAGUGUUAUUCCUUUUGUAUAUUAUAUAUUAUCAUGGGUCUUUUCUCUCUGUCUCUGUCUCUCUCUCUCCCCUCUCUCUCAGAUAGAGAGGGAAAAGACCCCUCUGUGGAGCAUGCUGACUCAGUUUACUUCAACUUAUUAAUACUAGAGUAAGUGACCAGACAUACAGCUGAGCUGGUAUAUAACGAGACCAUACAUGUUUACAGAGUGCCUGUUUUCGACAUUUAGGGAUUCACCCAGCUGCCUGCAGAAAAAUGAUUAAAGAUAAGCUUCGACAUCUGGUAUUACUUUGUGUAGAACAUAUUAAUUUAUUCCAAGUCAACACAUAUUUACAAAGCAACUACUAUAGUUGUAUAGACAGUAAAGAAAUCAGUUAUCAGUGUUUAUUUCACACUCUGAAGAGACCUUUAAUCAUGUAAAUUCAUAGUCAAAUAUAAGACAGAACAGGAAAGGUGUCUUAAAUAAGGUAGGUACAAAGUGUUGCGGGGAUCCAGAAGAUUAUGGCUCCUUGGGGGAGAUCUGGGCCUUAAAGGACAAGUAGUCUUUAGUCCUUGCACAGAGAGGUUCUUGAGGUAAAGGAAGCAACAGGUAAUGUUUCAGAGAACGCAUCAUCAAUAAACACACACACACACACACAAAAACGCUAGCUGUAUUAAGGGAAUACUAAAUCACUUUUUCUGGAGUUCAGAUUCCCUCACACUAUACUUAGAGCAACAGUGGGAUAAGACUGGAAAGGUAGAUUGGGGGCUUAUUCAAGAGGAACUUAGAAUAUGGGUAUUUGUAAUUCAGAGGACAUUGUUAAUGUAGAGAUGUUCACAUUAGUUUACCAGAGUUAUCACUAUUCUAGGGAAUAUACACUAACCAAAUGCCCCCAGUCUCUCUUCACAUAUAAUUUUAUCAUCUAUAAUGGAUACAUAUCAUUUAAUUAUAUGGAUGUACCAACAUAUAUGUAAUCAUUUGCCUGUUGUUGAACCUAUAGGUUGUUUCUAAUAUUCUGCCAUUGCAAUAAUAUUAUAACAACAUUCUUUGCUAUUUUUUUCACAUUGCUUCUAUAGGCUAGAAUCUUAGAUAUUAAACUGAUAGGAUAAGAUAUAAAAUAAUUUAAGAUUGCUGAUGUAUGUUUUAAAGUUAAUUUGCUCAAGCAUUUGUGAAAAUUUACAGUUCUAGUUGAGGUUUUAAAUUUAGUCGUUUGUAGGUAUUUUAAGUUUUGCCUCUGAAUUCCUUAUAAGUGCUGCUAAGCCUUUGAUAAGUUUUACUCCAUGAAAGACUAUUACUGAAAAAAACUUAAUCUCAAUAAAAGAACUUUAAUAAGCUUGACUAAAUAUUUAGAAAGCACAUUGUGUUCAGUGAAACUUUGUAUAUAAUGAAUAGAAUAAUAAAAGAUUAUAUUGGCUGACUAGUCUGUAAUUGCCUCGAGGAAAGCAUACAAUGAAUAAGUUAUUUUGGUUACUUCCUCAAAAUAGCCAACACAAUAGGGAAAUGGAGAAAAUGUACUCUGAGCACCAUGAAAAGGGAACCUGAAGAUCUAAUGUGUAAACUUGCAGAAAUGACAUUAGAAAACAAAACCAACAAAAGAGAACACUCUCCAAAAUAAUCUGAGAUGCACAAAAGGCAAACGUUCAUUCACUAGAGUUGGAAUUUCCCUAAGUCUAUGCUGAGAUAAGUAGCAUAUUUGACCUUCACCAUGAUUAUCAAGCACUUCUUUGAAAUUAUGUUGGUGCUGCUGGCCUCUACCACUGUCUUCUUUCUAGAUUUGAAACUGAUUCUCUUCCAGCAAAAAAGAGUGAAUCAAGAAAGUUUAAAACUCUUGAAUAAGUUGCAAACCUCAUCAAUUCACCUAUGUCUACCACACAGGAAAAACUUUCUGCUUCCUCAGAAGUCUUUGAGUCCUCAGCAGUACCAAAAAGGACAUACUCUGGCCAUUCUCCAUGAGAUGCUUCAGCAGAUCUUCAGCCUCUUCAGGGCAAAUAUUUCUCUGGAUGGUUGGGAGGAAAAUCACAUGGAGAAAUUCCUAAUUCAACUUCAUCAACAGCUAGAAUACCUAGAAGCACUCAUGGGACUGGAAGCAGAGAAGCUAAGUGGUACUUUGGGUAGUGAUAACCUUAGAUUACAAGUUAAAAUGUACUUCCGAAGGAUCCAUGAUUACCUGGAAAACCAGGACUACAGCAGCUGUGCCUGGGCCAUUGUCCAAGUAGAAAUCAACCGAUGUCUUUUCUUUGUGUUCAGUCUCACAGAAAAGCUGAGCAAACAAGGAACAGACCCUUGAACGACAUGAAACAAGAGCUUACUACAGAGUUGUAGAAGCCCAAGGAUUUCUGGUCCUCAUACCAUGUGGUUGAGUGAAAUCAAAACUUCAACCAUAGCAAUGCUGAUUGGACAAAGAAUGUGUUGUGGACACAAAAUCAAACCUCUGGAGGACAGAGGAUUCAUUCCAAGGGUCUUCUUGUAUUCAACAACUGGUCUAUGUGGGAGUGUGAAGGCCCCUUACUCCACCUGCGAAGAGUCAUCCCAGCUUCAGACCACAUUCCCCAGCCUCCUGUUAUUGGCUAAGGCCAUUUUGUGACCACACUGCAGCUUAGCUUUCCCUCUUGCCUAACCGUCCUGCCUUUUCUUCUCACAAAUGUUGAUUCCAUAGCUUUCUCCAAUAAACAAACUCGUUGCAUGAGAAUCAUCAUCUCA